UGUCGCGUUCUGUGUGACGUAACAGCUUUAGACGUUUCGGGAAGGUUGCUGUCAGUUACAUCAGAGUGAUUUUCUAGUGCGCAAGAAAGGUUAUCUCAUAUCGAGAAAACAACACUUACAUUAGCUAAAAGAGAGCCUUUGAAUUUGUUUUGCCAUAAUGCUGGUGACAAGGCUAGCGUGUUUGCGCAGUCUGCCAGCCUUUGGGCUGCGAUCUACAUUGACCCAGGCAUCUCCAACUCUAAGAAAUUCUGUCCUGAAGACCAGUCCGCCACUACUGCAGCUCAACCAGGGAUAUGCCACCAAAGCUCGAUUUGGUUUCCGGCAUGGUAAAACCGUUAAAGAAGGAAUCAAAGAGGCAGCUUUGAAGCCAGCGAUGGAAACUGCAAUUAAAUUUGAUAACAUGGGCAGAGUGAUCCUUGCUGGAGGAGCUGUAGUUGGUCUUGGGGCUUUAUGUUACUACGGAUUGGGGAUGUCAAAUGAAAUUGGUGCCAUUGAAAAAGCUGUUAUCUGGCCUCAGUAUGUGAAAGACAGAAUCCAUUCUACAUACAUGUACUUUGCAGGAAGUGUAGGGAUGACAGCAUUAUCUGCUGUAGCAGUCAGCAGAUCGCCAAUGCUUAUGAACCUGAUGAUGAGGGGCUCUUGGCUGGCUAUAGGUGCAACAUUUGCUGCCAUGAUAGGGGCAGGAAUGUUAGUCAGGUCAAUAUCCUAUGACCAGAGCCCAGGUCCCAAACACCUUGCCUGGAUGUUGUAUGCAGGUGUAAUGGGUGCCGUGGUGGCUCCAGUGACUCUUCUGGGGGGUCCUCUGCUGAUCCGUGCUGCCUGGUACACCGCUGGUAUCGUGGGAGGUCUUUCUACUGUGGCAAUGUGUGCCCCUAGUGAGAAGUUCCUAAGCAUGGGAGGUCCAUUGGCUGUGGGCUUGGGGCUGGUUUUUGCUUCAUCAAUUGGGUCAAUGUUCCUGCCUCCUACUUCAGCUUUUGGAGCAGGUCUCUACUCUGUUGCUAUUUAUGGUGGUCUGAUCCUGUUUGGCAUGUUUCUGUUGUACGACACACAGAAAGUAAUCAAACGUGCCGAAUCUUAUCCUGUCUAUGGAGUACAGAAAUACGAUCCCAUUAAUUCAUGUCUGGGAAUAUACACUGACACACUGAACAUCUUCAUCAGAGUGGUCACCAUUCUUGCAAAUGGAGGUGGCAGCAAACGUAAAUGAGACGAUACGACUUCCUUUUUUUGGGGGGGGACUAAUUCAUGGAAAGUGUGCUGUACUGGAAUGAUCACAUGCAGUUGAAGACCGAUUCGCUUUGUAACUUGCUGUGUUAGAAAUACAGGGUAAUAAAAUGUAGAUUACCCUCCACUUUAUGCCCUUUUUUAUUAUUAUUGUUUGUUUAUUUAGCAGACGCCUUUAUCCAAGGCAACUUAGAGACUAGGGUGUGUGAACUAUGUGUCAACUGCAGAGUCACUUACAACUACAUCUCACCCGAAAGACAGAGCACAAGGAGGUUAAGUGACUUGCUCAGGGUCACACAAUGAGUCAGUGGCUGAGGUGGGAUUUGAACCAGGUACCUCCUGGUUACAAGCCCUUUUCUUUAACCACUGGACCACACAGCCUUUAAGUAUGUCUUUAUCUGUUAUUAACUGUGUUUCAUUUAAAAUCCCUUUUCUGAUUUAUGACUUGGACGCCACCUUUAAUGGGAAGUGUACACUAAAACUAAGAAAUAAGUAAUAAUAAAACAAAAGCUUUAGUACGACGAAACCUGUUGAGGCAACCUGGUGAUUAGAUUUUGUAAUUAAACUAGAAUUAAUCGUUCUUGUUAAUUGCAGUUAUUAAACUAUAAACACAUUAUAGUGUUCUUGCUGGAACUUUUGUGAGUUUUUUUUGUUUGUUUGUUUGUUUUCAGUGUUGUAUCAAGGCAAAAAAAAACGGGCUUCAACUGAUUUUAUAUUUGUGUUUACUUCAGCUGAUAAUGGGAGAACCUAAAGUUCCUAAACUUAAAAUGUUUGUGUUUUUUUUGUUUUGUUUUUAGAAAAAAAAGUUUAUGAUUUUUAUUGGGCUUUGCAUUGCUGAGCAGGAUUAUGGCAGAUGUUUUAUAUGACUGCCCCAAACUUCCACAACUGCCUGUAAUCAAAUAUAAAUAUAUGUGUAUAUAUUGUUUCUUGCAAAAGUUGAGUUUUCUAAUGUGUUAGCAGGCCAAGAACCAACAUCAAUCAGAAGGAUUAAUAUUGUUUUUUGUUACAGUUGUUGAUUUAAUGUAAUGUAAUAUCCACUUCCUUGUAUUUCUGCCACGCUAAACAAUUGCUUGCCAUGUUUCUCAUGUUCCUGAUAGGAUGCCUUGGAUCUGAACAUAAGGUAAUUGGGGAAAAAUAUCACAUUUCCACAGAAUAACUGACUGAUUGUAGUUUUUCAAAGGGAAAGGGAUGUCCCAUACCUUUUCAGCCUCUGCAAUGAACCAUGUGUUCUUUCCAAUAAUGUUAGUGGUACAAAAUGACCUUGAAAUAUCUAACUUUAGUUGUUUUAGUUUGUAAAAGUAGUUUUCUUUAUAGUACUCUUUUUCAAAAAGUAGGAGUUAAUUGAAGAGUGGAGUAAACGCUUAAAAAUAUGGCCCUUUGUCUCAGAAUGCAAUGGUUUUAAAUCCCCUUGUCCUGCUCCUGACCUUGUUGAAAUGGACAGUUGCCAGUAACAGUGAUGGAAGUGCCAAGCAGGAAGUGGUGGUGUGGAUUACAGUACUACAGUGGGGGUUAUGUAAACUGAACCAUAUGAUGAUCAAGAGUUAUAAGAUACUGGUGAGUUUUGUUUCAGUGAAAUAAAAAAACUAACAAAAAAAAGUCUAAAUAAAUCCUCAAGGCUGCACUAUGUUAAGACUUUAGUUGACGUGCAUUAUCUGUAUAACUAAUGUUUAGCCUUCUGGCUAAUUUUUACAUAAUGGUGUUGAAGAUUGCCCAGGUAUUUUUGUGUGUAAUAUAUCUCUCAGUGAACACUUUGUUAUGUGUGAAACACUUUUGGCCCUAUGCUAGAGGUUCUGGUCCAAAAUUUACCUCCCACUGGCGAAAUGCUUCAUGGCACAGUUAAGUAAGACACAGAGUACAUGCAGAGUAUAAUAGAGUGGAUGAGAGUCAUGGGGUUAAAAUUACCCCUGUUUACAUGCCUAAAUGUGUUUUUUUGUUUUGUUUUGUUUAGUUUUUUCUGAGAAACGGUCCAGUCGUUGGGACUUUUUCAGUUUUCUUUACUCAGGUGUUGCUUUGUCGUUAAACCUGUUCCAGCAAAACACCACAUCUCAAUAAAACCAAAUCAAAUUAUCUUCAGCGGCAGUGCAAUGGUUCUGGGCUAUGGGACAAUGGCAGAACAUUAUCUUUUUUUUGACAUAACAAUAGAAUCACUGUUAUAAAGCCAUUUACAAAUUAGUACAAUAUCAUUACCAGUGUGCUAGUGUGUAUUUUACCAGGUCCGAAACAGCUCAAAACUAUGUAAAUUUAAUAUAGGAUAUCAUUUGGCAUGUAAAAAAGAAAACCACUGCACAGGUAAACCAGUUAUUGUCUAAAACAGGUGUGUUCUGUUUGUAAAAGGUUACUUGCAAACAGUUAUUAUUAAAGUGACAUCUGUGCAACUUCAUUGUCAUGGCUUGAGCAUACUUACGGCACCCAUAACUUCUUAAUACUCAAUAUAGAUCCCAACAUGAAACUUAACAGAAACUAGAACAGUUAAGCAGUGUGGAGUAGUGGUUAGGGCUCUGGACUCUUGACUGGAGGGUUGUGGGUUCAAUCCCAAGUGGGGGACACUGCUGCUGUACCCUUGAGCAAGGUACUUUACCUAGAUUGCUCCACUAAAAACCCAACUGUAUAAAUGGCUAAUUGUAUGUAAAAAAAAUAAAUAAUGUGAUAUCUUGUAACAAUUGUAAGUCACCCUGGAUAAGGGUGUCUGCUAAUAAAUAAAUAAUAAUAAGUAGA